CGAAAGUCCAGGGAAACACUUUGAGCCAGCUUUUGCACAGUGCCCAACUCCGAGCACCACAAAUACGGAAUGGUCGCCUUCAAUAGUGCCACUCAAGGUCGUGGUGGUGAAUUUGACCUGGACCUACCUGUGAUGAACUGCAGAGAAUACUCCUUUAUCUUCUCUGUUGUAGAGCCUGAAAUUUCGGAUGUUGUUUCAGCUUUAUUUCAUACAAUUUUACUUCAUAGGACGUUGCCGACUCUUGAUUUUAAAGGAGGAGCAGUGAGCUACAAUUCCUAUCUUGGUAUAUGUGAUGUGGAUUGUAAAAGUCUUGACUUGACCUACGUUUGUAUAAACUCCAACCAACUUAUCGAAAAAGUGGCAACUUCAGUUUCAGCCUUUGUUGAAGCCAUGCAUCGUGAUAGCUGUUCAUCUAACAAUAAUGGCGAAGUUCGUGGUGCAAUUAACUUGGAGUUUGUGGUUCAUAGAAAAGGGGUUUGGUUGGGACCAGAAGCCGCGACUUGGGAACGUUGGAUUGUAAAUGUGAUUCUGAAAAGCGUCAGUGCGAAUGAAAAAGAGGAUCAUCGUCGUCAAAUUAGCAGUCAACUAAGAAAUGAAUUGUGCAACAUUCUCGAACACUUCAACUCUCCCUCAGCUUAUGCUCCAUCUUUAGGUAGCUCACAAGUGGAAACAGAACACAUCAUUGACUUCUCUAUGUGCGGAAUUUCACCCUAUCGGUUUAGUAUAAAUUAUCUUUCUAAUUCAUGUCAAAGUCGUUCCGGAGUGAGUGUGACCAUGAGGCGUAUAUUUAAAGAUGCUAGACUUUGAUAUACAUUUUUAUUUUCAUAUUUUGUGUAUUAUGUACCUAAUUUUGAUACCGAUAUUGGACUAUCAGUCAUAAGCGAUUCGGCAUUUAUAUAAAGUCGUGGGAGUCAGUUCUUUAUUUCCUAAUUCUUGUUUUUAUUUUUCGCUAUGUUUAUUACUUGAAGUUGCAUAUUAGUAUUUCUUGAAUUCUGAUUGCUGUUUUGUUAUGAUUUUAGUGAAUUUUUAUAUAAAUUGCGAUGAACCAGUUGCGGA